GUGGACUUCCGUAAUACCAUAGACGAAUAUUCGUUUGCUGUUUGUUUAUUCCGUUGGUGAUAGCUAUAUAACGGAGUAAAAACGUGUCCACACGGUCUAUUUCAAAGACCGUUGGCAGAUUUUUUUCGUUCUUGUCUACUCUUCCACCACGGGUCUCGUCAUUGCAUCCUCACAAAUGGCUGAUCCCAAAUACGCCAACUUGCCUGGAAUUGCGUCCAACGAGCCAGAUGUAUAUGAGACCAGCGAGCUGCCAGAAGAUGACCAGGCACAGUUUGAGUCGGAAGAGCUGGGCAGUGACAAUGUGGAGAGGAUCGUGGUCAACCCUAAUGCAGCUUACGACAAGUUCAAGGACAAACGCGUCAGUACUAAAGGAAUCGACUUCUCAGACUGUAUCAGUAAGAACAAAAGAGUGGGCUAUGAGUCUGGAGAAUAUGAGAUUUUGGCGGAGGGCUGUGGGGUGAAGGAAACCCCCCAGCAGAAGUACCAGCGGCUGGUCAAUGAGAUCCAGGAGCUCAGUCAUGAGGUGGAAACCAUCCAGGCGACCACGAAGUAUAGCAGUGCAGAGGAGCAUCUGACCCCAGUAGUCCUAGCUCAGCAAGCUGCCCAGCUCAAACAGCAGCUGGUCUCUGCCCACCUGGACACUCUGCUGGGACCACAGGCACAUAUCAACCUAGCUGACCCAGACAGAGCACUGGCCAAGCGUCUGCUAACCCUUCUGGAGGCAACGAGGAGCAGUAGGAGGAGUACGGUGGAGGGGAAGGCCUCAGCAGCAUCUAAAGCUCCCGAUGGUGUGGUGCUCUAUGAGCUGCACAGCCGGCCAGAGCAGGAGAAGUUCACAGACGCUGCCAAGAUGGCAGAGCUGGAGAAGCGGCUUGCAGAGCUGGAGACUGCUGUGGGCUCUGGAUCAGACAAACAGGGUCCUCUGAGUGCUGGGGUGCAGGGAGGCAGUCUCAUGGACACCAUGGAGCUGCUGCAGGCGCGGGUCAGUGCUCUGGACUCAGCCACUCUGGACCAGAUAGAGGCCAGACUGCAGAGUGUCCUUGGGAAGAUUAAUGAGAUUGCAAAGCACAAGGCAGCCAUCGAAGAUGCUGAUACACAAAACAAGGUGUCUCAGCUGUAUGACGUGGUGAAGAAGUGGGACGCCAUGGCAACCUCUCUGCCUCAGGUGGUGCAGAGGCUCAUGGCUGUCAAAGAGUUGCAUGAAGAAGGUGCAUACGACCAUGAAGGAGAAUCUCCUGUCGGUAGAAGAGAACUUUGCUGCCCUGGACCAGAGGAUGAAAAAGUUGAACAAAUAAAUCUGCUUAGUUUGAAAAACUGCUCUUUGGUCGAGUUUGGAAAAUGUCGGAGAGGGAGAGAUUGGCGUCUUUUCCACUUCUCUCCCUGUCUGUCUUCAUCUAAUUCCGCUGCCUUUUUUUCUGGAAGCCGGAAUGUUUGAUCAAGUGGAUUAUAAUAAAAAAUGGAGACCAAAUGUUCUUGUCUAUUCUCCCUUCCCAACCUCUUUUCUUUCCCAUUGAAACACGUUAUAUUUGGUAUGCAAUGCAAUACACCACCCACUAUACAGAAUCCCAUUGAAAUGUUUACUUUGGCUGAAAUGCAUUAUUAUUAUGGAGUGGCUGCGGAUCUGACCAUUUGGGGAUCUUUAGUCCAAAGCUUCUGCACAUGUGCGGAUCACGUUCCUGCGCAGGUGUAUAUUCUCCACUUUACGCACAGAACAGGCUACUCAGGCAGAUGAUGCUACUUUUAAUAGUCAUAUUAAAGCUCAAUGUCUGCAAGAUCACAUAAUGAUCACAGUAUUCUACAUAACAGAACCUAAUAUAAUAGCCUAGUUUAACAUGACUGUAAAACAGAAACACUAUUCAAUAGUGAAUGAUCAUUCAAGUUUUACAGGUGAAACAUCCAUGUGGCAUAAUUCUGCAUUGUAAACAUUUGAUCUUGAUCAGUUUCAUGAGUAUACGCAUUUAGGUGUUCUUGAGUUAUACAGUGUUUUGAAGUAGCCUGUUGUUUUGAAUGAUGCACAGGGAAUGAAUUUUAGAUCAGAUGGUGUUAACUGUAGCCUGCCUGUGUAUUUUGUCUAGUGGCGCGCGCGGUUGAGUUUUGGCCGUGAGAGAAAUGCCAUGGUGUUUUUGUUUUACAAUAACAUUUUACUAUGUUUUGGUUCUGUUAUGUAGAUUACUGUGAAUAUUAUGUGACCUUGCAGACAUUGGUCUAAACUUUACUAAACAAGCACCAUUCGACCUGAGUAGCCUGUUCUCUACGAGUAAAGUAGAGAAUACAUGCGUAGAUUGUUAUAUUUUUGAUUUAACCUUUAACUAGGCAAGUCGGUUAUUUACAAUGACGGCCAAACCCUAACGUCGCUGGGCCAUAUGCCCAGAAGCUUCAGCUAUUUUCUUUUCUGACUAAAGAUGGCUCCACAGACUCCAACUAUAUACACACACAUCACUUAAUAUUCACGUUCCCUUCAAAGCUUGAUUGCUUUUAGACUGAAAUGAUUCUCAAUGAAAAUGGAUCCAUAACCUUUCAACCUCUUCAACCACACUGUUUAGGUAUUUUCAACAACAUUCAUUCAGCUAAGUCAAUUUAUUUUCCUGUUUUGGCAGAGCUCUAUGUAAAGAUAUGGCUCUGGUUUGAGAAGUGUUCAGAACAACAACAAAAACAAUGGCAUGUUUAAGAAAGGACAUGUCUACAACUGCACAAAAACUAACCAUCGGUUGCAUCCCAAUUGUCUACUCUUCUCCCAAAUGUGCACUUGCACACUUCCCGUCAUGGAUAUAGCAAUGGUGGAAACGUCCUCUAGCCAAUGCUUACACCAAACCAAUGGGGAGGUGUGCAAGUGCACACUGGCAGAAGGGUGGAGAAUCGGGAUGUGCAUUGUCAUCCAUCUUCCUACUGGUGUAGCAGCAGGAGCACCUACAUUACCUGUGUGUGCUGGGGUCUGAAGUCAUGAAGUAAUGCUUGUAAAUACACUUGUGUACUUAAUGUUUCAUGCUCAGUUGCUUGUAACUAUUGUAUUAUGACAGACUACAAUGCCACAGACAAACUAAUUUUAAUCUACUGUGUCAUUGCUUACGAUGGACUGUAAUUGUACCUGAACCAGUCUGGUGAUGGGAUAUCUGAAUAAAACAUGCUUUAACUACA